AUGUUUUUCCAAUCGAGGUAUAACAACAAUAAUUAUGAGGAAGACUCUGAAGAUGAACUUGAUGUUGGAGGCGGAUCUUCAGCACUUAUUGGAAAUCCCUAUGAUUCGUUGAUUGAGGAGGAAGAAGAAGCCUUGAAUCAAGUACAACAACCAUCUGACUCACAAAAACGUCAAUCGUUACUGAACAACUCUCAUCACAGCACAGGAUCAACCAUUGAAAAAUCCAAAGAUGAUACAACCACUCUUGCUCUCUCGAAAUUAAAUUCGAGCACCAACAACAACAGUAAGCCUAAUAACAAUACAAACACAUCUGUACGAGCCAGUCCUCAUCAUUCAUCACUCUUCUCGAAACAUCAUUCCGAGGGUUAUCUUGAAAUGACAUCAUCAAAUAAGGAAAAUCAAAAAGAAAAUUAUAAAUUUGAAGAUCGAAAAGUUUUCGAAAGGGACCCGUUCGAAGUUCAUUCCACACGCAGUGACAGAUCGAACAAAAACCCAUUACCAUUUGGCGGUCAUUCCAACCUUACAAGACAUGACUCUGAUGACGAGUUGCUUGAUUUUCAAAAGAAUCAAGGAGAAAUCGAACGACCAAGAAGUGCCAGACCUUCGUCGGCAGGCACCAGACCAUCAAGCGCAGGUUCAAUGAAAUCAAAACCUCAAUACAAAUUAUCGAGUAUACCUCAUCCCAAGAAUUUUCCAAUUGCGUCUUCAAGAAGUACGAAUAGUGUGCUCGACAAGAAUGGAUUAUCCAAGAAACAAGUAGUUCAAAACUACUUGUCCAAUGUAAACAAACACAUGAAAAAGAGAACCAUUCCUUCGAAUUUUUACAAAGAUCCGGAAGGAAUGUAUAUGGAUUUACAAGAGCUUCGACAAGAAAUUGCAAUUCUUCGAAAGGACAAUCAAAAUUUGAAAACCCUUGCUCAAAAAUCAGAAGCAGACAGCAUUCGAAAACAGAAACAAGUAGAAGAAUUGCUUCGGGCACACGCUCUCGUCGAAACCAAAGGCACCAGAUAUGAAAAUUUAUUCAAAGAGGUUAAUCUCGUUAAAAGUCUUAAAUCUAGAAUUCGAGAACUUGAAAAAGCUCUAGGCGAAAAGGAAACAGAAUUUCAAAGAAUCAAGCUUGACUCUCGAUACACACGGGUGAGAGAAUUAGAGACAGAAUUAAAAGCGUACUAUACUGAAUCAAGGCGUUUGCAAAAAGUAGUAGAAGAUUUAGAACAAGAACGAUCAGCCAUGCAAGAUCUCGAAGACGAGAAUGACAAAAUGAACAAACAAAAUUUAAAACUUCGAGAAUUAAUUGUUAAAAUGAAACAGGUUCAAGAUUAUUACAAGGAACAAAAUGUACAUUUAUCUGAAGAGAAUAGACAUUUACACGACAACAAUGGAAUAAGCUCUGAACUUUCGAUGAGAGAGCAUCAAAUCGAGGAGUUGACCACGAAAUUGAAAGAAUUGCAACAAAAACUGGACGACUCUUACCAAACCAAUUCAGAGUUAAAAGUAUCGAACAGCGAGUUGCAAAGAAUAAGCGACGAAAUACAAUUUCAAAGCAACAUCACCAAAAAAGAAAAUUCAGAGCUUAAAAACAAACUUGAAGAGUUGCGAACCAAUUUUGAAAGUCAACUCGAAGAUCAGAAACGACAAGUUGAGCUUUUAAAACGAGAAAAGGAAAAUAUGUGUAAAGAAAACGAGUUGCAAACUCAAUCCUCACAAAUCUUGCGAUCGAGUGUGGCCAGUUUUGAACAUCAAGUGGCUGAUAAGGAACGAGAGAUUCAAUUCUUGAAAGCACAAUUGAAAGAGAAACACGAUUUGGUCGAUUCACGAAAUCUCGAAAUUCUCAAUUUAAGAAAUCAAUGUGAAGAAAAAGAUUCGGAAAUUUCACAACUUCAAACCAAGAUGAAGGAGUUGCGAAAGGCCAACAAAGUUCUACUCGAUGAAAUUUCUGUAUUGAAAGAUCAACAAGCACAGCAGCACAAUGUGAGUGCAGUCAUGACACCAGUUCCUUAUCCGUAUCCACCAAUUGUCUUACCAAGCAAUGACAAUACGAUUUCUUCCUAUCCACCACCCAUUGGAAUACCUAAUGGCACACAGGAAAUUACCACGCCUCAACAACAAUCUCAACUCACUUCUUCUUAUGGUGAAAUUGAAGAAAAUUUCGAUGUAGGAGGAAAUUAUUCAUUUGAUGAUGAGCAGCAGCAAACAGAACAGGACAACCUCUCGAUUUAUGACCAUGCAGCAACACAAAUGCAAUUACUCGCCAGAGGAUUCAUUGCUCGAAGGCAAUUCAAAGAAUUGAAAGAACAAGCUAUGCAAAAGACUAAAGAACCACCUGUCAAAACGACAGAAGUGAAAACUGAAAAUUCAUCACCUGUUACCGAUCAAGUGAAAUCAGAAAAUCCACAAAGCUCGGAUGGUUCUCAAAAACAGCAAACCAAUACUAAGGAAGAAGUGAACAGUCAUAACACCCUUGCUGCUAACCCUUCGAACAAUCUCUCAACCCAAAACUCGACAGUAGUGGAAGAGACUUUUGAAGAACCUCAACACUCUUCAUAUGAUGAAUUUGGUGGAUCCAUGGAUGAGCAUUUUGACAGCUCGUACGUUCAAGAAGAGCCCAUUAAUUUUGAUGAUGACUAUGAUGACCGAGGUUUCAUGGAAGAUGAUUUUGGGUUGGACACCUCUCAACAGCACUCGUAUGAAGAUUGGUAA